AUGGUUUACUACUUCACCUCUAAUGUGGUCAGUCCGGCCGCGUUCAUCUAUGUCGGAAAGGACAAGUUCGAGAAUGAGGAUUUGAUCGAGUUUGGAUUGGACUCGGAUGUUUGCGCCCACGUUUACGUACGCCUACGAGAUGGAGAAACAUGGGAUAAUAUUCCGGAAGAGCUUCUGGUGGACUGCGCACAGCUGACCAAAGCAAAUUCGAUCGAGGGAAACAAGAAGGACAAUAUUACCAUUAUCUACACCCCGUGGUCCAACCUCCAGAAGGACGGCUCUAUGGCCACCGGACAGGUCUCCUUCCAUAACCCUAAGCUUGUCCGCAAGGUGCUCGUGCGCGCACGCGAAAAUCCGAUCAUCAACCGUCUCAACAAGACUCGAGUCGAGAAAUUCCCCGACUUCCGCGCCGAGAAGGAGGACUACAUGAAGAAGAAACGCCAUGGAGAACGCAAGACUCGGGAACAGUUGAAGGAGAAGGAGAAGCUGGAGAAGCGGGAGCGGGAGCAGCUCAAGUGGCAGAAGGACCACGCAUACGACGACUUCUUCAGUGAGGAGAACAUGGAAGCGAGCAGCAACCAAGACCGAGACCCGGAUUUCCUUGACGACUUCAUGUGA